AUGUUUAAGGGUAAUGUUUCUUUGAUUGCCAGAGUGCGCCACGCCUCCACGGGUGGGUACCCUGGAGCGAUGAAGACAGCUAUUCCGAGGCGGCCUGUGCGCAAGAUCCCCAUCGGGAAGGCGCGGCCCGCGAUCUACCACCAAUUCGACGUUGCUGUGGAGAUGAGUGACGGGAGUGUGGUGAUGCGACGGUCGCAGUUCCCGAAGGCAGAGCUCCGGCUGAUCCAGGACCAGAGGAACAAUCCGCUCUGGAACACGAGCCGGUCAGACCUUGUCGUCGUCGACGCCAACGCAGCCGGCAGCAUCGGCAAGUUCAAACAAAAGUACGGGACCAUGUUUGCCUCCCCAGUGGAGGAACCGCCAGCCCAGAAGGCAGCACCACAAGAGAUUAAUAAACUACGGCAACCCCCAACCCCGGAUGCACCUGCACCUGAAACAGAACAAGAACCGGCACCCGCAGCACUCGAAGACUACCUGGACAUACUCGACGACAGUACGCAGCAGAUCAAGACGGGCAAACUGGCCAGCAAGAGACGGCCCAAGAAGAAGUGA